AUGAAUAAAGCUUUAGAAAUUGGAACUAUUGUAUUUCUUCUCCUCUGGAUUGUUUAUGUCUAUACACUUAUUGCUCUUCCAGACAGAGAGCUGCAAAGAAGAAAAUCCCAGGAAUCUGAUGUUGAUGUCUCAAUUGAUUCUCCAAUAGACAACACACCUCCACAUCGUGCAAUGUCACGAGAAACCUUACUAGAUAUGAUGGAUGAUGAAGAGUCAAUCUACCCUCUUAAUUUGACCUGCAAGCCUGAGUCCUUUGGGUACACAUUGGAGGAAGCCCUUUUUUUAUUUCCAAAUGUUACAUAUCCAAGAUGUGAAACUAAAUACAAAUCAAGCCCAGAAAUGUUCUAUAUCGACAGAAAAGAUAAUACUUUGCAUAUGAAUUGCAAUGGAAGAGUAGCGCUGGGGGCUUUGGAAGAAGAUGAAGAAUUUGGGAAAUAUCAGUAUUCUAAUAGGUUGAAAGAAUACAAAGGAGAGCCAAUCGCCCUUGAAUCAGAGGAGUAUGCAUUUGGGUCCUGCGAUCCCUACAAAACUACAGAUUUUGAGCAUGUGGCAUAUAAGGUAAAGCCAAACCAUGAGUCUUUAAAAAGAGCUGAAAAAUCAUUGAAAGGGAAACCUCUAAAUAUUGUUAUGUUAGUUAUCGACUCACUCUCCAGAAGAAUGUUUUUUAGAAAACUCCCAAAAUCUGUAGAGUAUUUAAAUUCCAUUGCAAAAAAUGUGUCUAUUUUCGAUUUUAAACUCCAUCAUGUUAUGGGACAAAAUUCUCAAUAUAGCUUCAUGCCUACAUGGUAUGGAGAUAUACCAAUUGUGGUAUCUCCAAUGAAUAAGGGAGACUUAUAUUAUGACGUCUCCAUAUGGAAAUAUUUGCAUGAGAGAGGCUUUGUAACAAUGAUGGGAAUGGAUAAUUGUGGUGACAAUUUACCACAAUUUAUAGGAAGAAAACCAAGAGUCGACCACAAAAUGGGCUCAAUAUGGUGUGCAGCUAGCGCUCAAUAUGGGUAUAGUGAGAGUUUGAAGAAAGAGAGAUGCAUUGGGAAUAAAAAUGCCCAUGCAUGAAUGAUGGACUAUAUUUUAGACUUUUCAGAUGUCUAUAAAAAUGUAUCAAGAUACACUUAUAUGCAUAUAGAUACAGCGCAUGAAGAAACAGGAACUGUUGUCUCCACAAUCGACUUAGACUUAAAAUCUUUUCUUGAAGAUUUUACUAGUAGAGAUGAAGACUAUGUACUAUUUUUGAUGGGCGACCAUGGCAUGCGAUAUGGACAAUGGUUUAAAUCAAUAGAUGGCUCACAUGAGCACAAAUUGCCACUCUUACUAAUCAUAACAAAAGAUGGUGUGCUAAAUAAUAUUCCUGGAAGCUAUGACGUUUUGCAGCACAAUUCAAAUAGAAUAUUAAGUAAAUUUGAUUUCCACACAACUUUACAGCAUCUUGGAAACUACCCUGACUUAGAAUCUCAUAGAGAGGAAAUCAGAAAAAAGACAUCAAGAAGAUUGACAACUUAUAAUUGGUUUACUGAUUAUAUCCCAGAUAACAGAACUUGUGAAGAUGCCGGAAUCCCUAUUUAUUGGUGUGGCUGCCAGCCUUUUAAAGAAAUCAAGGAUGAUAUAAACUCAGAGAAAUUCGUUUAUUUAACAAAUAGUAUCAUAGAAACUUUUAACACAGAAAAUAAAAUUCACCGUAAGCCAGUAAAAAACAUUUGCCAAGAGCUACAUUUAAAUAAAAAUACAUAUAUAGGGAAACUAAAGGAUAGGGAUGAAGACUAUUAUAAAAUAAAAUUUACAGUCCUAGAAAAAGAAUCAGCACUGUUUGAGGUUAUUGUAAGGCUCUCACAAUUCUGAACAGAUAAAAAAGAAUCAGAAUAUUUCAAUGUGAAAAGUAUUGAUUUUGAUGGUAAAAGGUUUUACAAUAUAAUGAAUAUCAAUAGACUGGAUUCGUAUGAUGGCAUCUGCAAAGAUGAAAUUGUCAAAAAUAGGCAUGACCCAACUUAUUGCAUUUGUGAUGAGGAGGAUUUUAAGAGAAAACAUUCAAUUAACCAAGAAGGGAACAAUAAUUCGGGAAGACCAUAA